CAGCCUGCGCCACAGCCCGGCCUGUUUGAUUCAGGACGAUCAUCAUAUGACUCAGAGAGAAAUUUCAAGCAUUUCACAAGAAUGUGUGGGUCACAUUAUUCCUUUGCUUGGCUAUCGGAAGAUCUGUACACGAUGGGAACUGUGAGACGUCGGUUGCGGAAACAGAGUGUCGACUUCUUCUGUGACGGCUUCAGAAAACUUGUUCAUCGUUGUCAGAAAUGUAUCCAAUUGUCUGGUGAUUAUGAGGAAAAGUGAAUAGUGCACAUUCUGAGGAUUAUUUCUGCGUUUGAUUUAUUAAAAUAUUCCCAUCCAAACCCAAGUAAUGAAGGGUUUCGAUGGGAAUAUGAUACCUAUACCCGCUUAUAUCUUUUGGCUUCGUUGGCUUCGGCCCAGGGCUGCCAAAGCUGCGUCGAUCCACGCCUUUCUGCCUUCGAGGACAAAGUACAGAUUUCGCCACAUCAAAUGAAAUCAAGCUGGAUUAUUUCUCGUCUUCUUUUUAUUUCACUUUGGAGGGCAGACGGGCACGGCCGGGGAGGAAAACAAGGCAGCCGACGAGACCUCGGCCCACCCCGAUUUAAACUGCGACUAAUCUGGCUCGUGUUUUCCGGCCCUUCUCAUUUUGGGAGGCUUCCCGAUGGCCGGUCUCACCCGGAAAUGCUUUUCCGAAAGCGAUAGUUGCAGCGACAGCCCCGGUUCGAGCUCCACGGCUUUGUCUCACGGCGACACAGACUCCAAUGGCGAGGAGAAGACCUGCGCCGUGUGCGGGGACCGGGCCACCGGCUACCACUUCCACGCCAUGACCUGCGAAGGCUGCAAGGGCUUUUUCCGACGGUCCGUCAUCAAGAGGAUUGAGUUUACGUGCCCUUUUACUAGCAGUUGUACCAUCACCAAAGCCAAGAGGAGGCAGUGCCAGGCCUGCCGCUACCAGAAAUGCCUGGCUGUGGGCAUGAGGAAGGACAUGAUUAUGUCCGACGAAGCCUUGCGCCUCCGCCGGACGCUGCGGCACCGGAAGCAGAAAGAGGAGCAGAGUCCCAGAGGGGAGCCAGACCAGGGUGCCGGCCUCACGGCGGAACAGGAGCAGCUGAUCGAGAUUCUCUCUGAGGCGCAUCAGAAAAACUUUGACUCCAGCUUCUCCCAAUUCACCCACUACCAACCCCCAGUGCGCCUGGAUAUCCAUAGCGUGAGACCCCAGAACGGGGCCUGUUUGCUCAGCCCCGAAGACUACCUGGAGAGCUACCCAGAGGAGGUCCUGCCGGACGUCUUCUCCAUGGUUCCCAUCCUUGCCGAAAUGAGCACUUUCAUGAUCCAGCAAGUCAUCCAGUUUGCCAAGGCCAUCCCGGCUUUCAGAAUCCUGCCCAUCGAAGACCAGAUCUCACUCCUGAAAGGGACAACCCUCGAAAUCUGUCAGAUCCAGUUCAACACCAUCUUCAACGAGGAAACCAAAGUUUGGGAAUGUGGCCAACACUGCUACACCAUACAAGACGCUGCUCUGGCGGGUUUUCGGCAAAUCUACCUGGAGCCGCUGCUGAAGUUUCACGUCAGUUUGCGGAAACUCAAGCUCCACGAAGCCGAAUACGUCCUGCUCCAGGCCUUGGUGCUCUUCUCCCCAGAUCAGGUGGACGUCGUGCAGCGAGAGGAUAUUGACCAGACGCAAGAGAAAAUUGCCCUGACUCUCAAGAGCUACAUUGACCAGCGGCACCCACUUCCCGAAGGCAGGUCCCUGUAUGCCAAGCUGCUCUUGCUGUUGACGGAGCUGCGGACCCUGAAGGUCGAGAACACGCGGCAGAUCCUCCACAUCCAGGACUUCCGCUCCAUGACGCCACUGCUCUCCGAAAUCAUCAGCUGAAAGCUUGGGACACUGACAUUGGGUGGUUUUGCUUUGUGACAUUAAACGAUCCCGAUUGAGGCCACGUUUUAAGCAAAGGCUGGAUGGAAAAUGCAUAUAUAAAAUUAAUGUGUAUGGAUAGAUACUA